AUGCCAGCAUAUCUGAAUAUUAAGCAGCUCCACAAAGAGAAGCCAUCGAUAACACCACUUCAGAUCCUUGAUGAAAGUGGCGACAUCCUGGCUCGUCUACGAGCUUCACACGAUCUUCGUCAACGGAUUCUGAUUGAAGAACUAAAGAGCUCGCAGUCCAAGAACCAACACUUAGAGGCAGAGAACAGCAGCCUCGCGGAGUACCUGUCCGAGCUCAAGGAAAGAUUGCAGACGCUGGACCUAAACUUCUCUGAGAGCCAACACCAGCUACGCACUGCGGAAUCCAAGAUCAGCUUACUUCAAACAACGGUUCAAAAUCUGGAGUCUUGUCUCCGGCACACAGCGACAAAACAUGCAGAGGACGUGCAUCCACUGGAAGUCAGGAUCACGGAGCUUUCCGAGCCACUCAACCAAGCUACAACCGAGGUGGCGAGACGAGAGGAAGAAUUGAUCGCCUUGCGAGCAGCAUGUCUGGAGAAAGAACGGGCACUGCAGAAAACACAAAAGGAUCACGAGAGCACUGCCGAGACACUCGCCGCCAAGAUAUGCGAGACAUCAAAAGCUGACGCUGAAAUUGCCCGCCUCCGUCACCUCGAAUACGCUGUCACGGAGCAUGACAGGGCUGUGAAGAGACUCGAAGAAGGCAGUGAGGAAAUGCUCUGCCAGCAACACGAACGGCUCGCUGCCCUCACGGGGGCGCGCAAAGAAAUAAUUUUGCAAAGAGACCAGAACGGAGAGCUCCAGAGGAAGAGCGAAGCCUUGGAGCGGAGAGCACGAGAGUCAGAGACGACGAAGAGGGAAGACGAAGCGCGGUUUACGCAAUUUCUGCUAUCCGUUGAGACUCAAAUCGGGCGCCAGAUCGAGGAAUCCGGGGGAGAGUUGGGAGACAUCCCGGAGAUCCGCCGACCUGACGACGCUACCUUGAAGCAGCUGGAGGACCGUCUACAGGAGAAGCUGGACAUGAUUGAACAUGAGCUCAAGUGGUACAGGGACGAUCGUGCCACAAUUUACAACGAGUACCGGCGACUGGAGCGAUGGCGAAACGAGAUGGCGAGCAACGUGGCCGCCAGGCUGGGCACGAUGGCCGGAUCAAGGCAAUCCGGCGGCUGA